AUGUCUCAGAGCGAGAGAGACACCACGCCCCUCAACCAAUCCUCGCAAUCCGACAUCGACGAGAUUGAAAACUUGAUCACCGCCAGCGUCCAAUUCGGCCCCUCCACCGUCCUCCCUGCUCGCCCACCAUCCCCUACUCGUGCUUCUAUUCCUGUAUCUACCUCUCCCUUCAUCCCGUCCAACCUCCCUGCGCCUCCACCGAAAUCGAUUGCUGUACCUGCCGCACCUCCAUUUCCUUCUAACCCUAACCGUCAUGAUAAUGCAGGUCCGUCACGGUCGAACUUGAGCGGUUUUGGGCCACCGCCCAACACGUUGACGGAACCUGUUUGGGAUACGGUGAAAAGAGAUCUAUUGAGGAUUGUUAGUAAUUUGAAAAUAGUUGUUUUUCCGAAUCCGUAUCGUGAGGAUCCCGGUAAGGCAAUGAGAGAUUGGGAUCUGUGGGGUCCUUUCUUCUUCAUUGUGUUUCUAGGACUCACGCUGUCUUGGUCUGCCUCCGUAAAGAAGUCUGAAGUUUUUGCCGUUGCCUUCGCACUACUUGCAGCAGGUGCUAUUAUUCUGACACUCAAUGUAUUACUGCUGGGUGGGCAUAUAAUAUUCUUCCAAAGUCUGAGUCUAUUGGGUUACUGUUUGUUUCCUCUGGAUAUGGGAGCAUUGAUCUGCAUGAUGAAAGACAAUGUGAUAAUGAAGAUGAUGGUGGUAUGCUUGACACUUGGUUGGAGUUGUUGGGCUGCAUAUCCAUUCAUGAGUACUGCUGUCAACCCUAGAAGAAAAGCUCUUGCCCUCUACCCUGUUCUACUCAUGUAUGUAUCUGUUGCUUUCCUUAUCAUUGCCAUUGAUUAAAUCCAUUGCCUAUUGCCUAUCUAACCAUAU